CCGUGACCACUUGCAGCCUCGUCCCAUCUUCACCGGUUUUCGAGAGGUUAAAUAUCAAUCGCUCCCAAACUUUUACCUCUCUCCAUUUCUUCUCCGUGGGAUAGCUCUCGCUUCGGCAUUCUCUUCAUUCUGUUCCACUCAUUCUGCGUUUGUUUUCAAAUCACGACCUGACUCGCUGCUCCUGAUGGAAUGGAAUGAGAGUUCGCAUUGGCACAGGUUUCCUGAGUAAGUCUAUGUUCGAGCUGAACACAACGAUACAUGCCUCCCAACCUGACCCUUGUCUUGAAUGUCUUCUCACAGCCUCAUGGGAGUGUUCACAUCAGCAUGACCCAGCAUUCACAUACCUACCAUCAACCUCUGUUUCAAUGACCCCCAGCACCGGAGCAGGCAUCGCAGAUGUCGUCGCUACACGACAGGAGAUCAGCGGCCUACCCUCAAGCCAGGAGCACGGAGGAACGUCGGAAUUAACCUCUACUUCUACUAGAGAUGUCACAAGUACGUCUCGUCGUUUGAAGAACCGAGAGAAAUGGUCCUCCAUCAAGAAUGAAGUCCAUCAGUACUAUAUAAUUGAAGGCAAGACACUCCAGGAAACUAUGGUCAAUUUCGAGCGAAAGUAUUCUUUCCGAGCGAGUCUAAGAAAAUGGAAGAUGCAGAUGAAAGAAUGGAACUUUGACAAGAACAUGAGCAAGCAUGACAUGGCUAUUCUAGUAGCAAAGGCAGAGAAGAGAGCUCGAGAUGCAGACAAGGACACCAUAUUCUACAACAGAGGGAAGGAGAUCAGCUCAGAGAAGUUUCUCCACUUCAAAAAGAGAAGAAUAACGGAGCAGAUCGAGGUUGCAUCGUCAAGUGCAGCAACACCAAUCGACAUCACCUACGAUACACCAAGAUAUGACUUGGCCUUGAACGAUAUUGAGGGGAGUAAUGAGAGCAAUUCCUCAUCCGGAAUCGAAAACAAUGAAUUCGACGAAAGUACUGUGGCUCAACCUCCCGAACCUCUACAAAAAGCUGUUUAUGAUCAGAACUUUGGCCCUGAUCUAUACUGCUUGGGGCACAACCAAGAUAUUAUACCAUUCUCAAAGCUUCAAGUUUUGGCUUUGGACAUUUUAGAAUGCGCUCGAUCUGGCACCACGAUGGACGGAAGAAAAAGUCAGCCAGACGGUACAAUAAUGCAAUACUUUUGUGGGAUAUCAUAUGGUCUCAAGUACGGUCAUGGCAAUGGGGACGCUUUCUUGCCUUACAUAUCCGAUCUCAUGAGAGCUCAGCCUACACUGGACAUACAUAUCUGGAUUGCAGCUCACGUGCAUCACAAUCCAUUUGAGGAGCUUCUGGAAUUGAUCAACGAAACCUACGGUUUGACGGCGAAGGUUUCUGUAGAUAUGGCAGCCUUGAUCAGUCCAUCACGAAAUUCUUGUGAUAUCGAUAGCCAAUGGGCGCGAAGUAUGCACUUCUUAAGAACAGAAGAACUCACUCCCGAAGUGGAAAAGUCGGUCCAGCAGGGGCUUUUGUGUGAGCUUGAGAUUGCCGUUCUAGCCUUGACUAAGCCGCCCUUGUUGCUGGGACAAAAGGUUCUCGCACAUGGAUUAUUAAAAUUUGUCUCAAAAUACCUCUCAUGGAACAAACAGUGGACCCCGCCGAGUCCAUAUGAAGCGUGGCUUGCUGCUCCGAGCUGGGAUCACACUCUUUAUGUGACGGAGAUCUUCACUCUGAAUGAGACUGCAAAGGAAGGGGGAAUGACGAGGGCUUUGGCGUCGAGCAUGCAGUGUAUCAGAGACUGCGAGAAAGCUAUCUCGCUGUUUCAUACUCAGGAAAGUACUAUGGAUAUUGUAAUUUCUUUGGUAUUCUGCCAGACAGCUGCAAUGUGCGGAGAAGGAUGUUUCGCCAUGGUCCAGCAAAUCUUCGCAAAACUUCUCAUAAUGUUCGAACCUCGCCUGGACAUUCCACUUCUGAAAUUCUACACGCUACUGUAUCGAUCCGUGUAUUAUGCAAUAUGCCGACGCCAACAACUCUACCAAGAAGACAUGAUAGCAGCACAGAGUGUUAUUGACACUUUGAAAAGCUGGACCGAGCGGGAGCGGAUGAGAACUGCGUUGAGUGAAGCUCGAAGAAGGGCAGAUAAGAUAUUUCGAGACGCCAUUUGGGUCUUAUGAGAGGUCAACACGCGAAGAGUAAGAUGGUCCAUUAUCGGCACCUUUUCGUAAUCACACAAAGAUCAUACAGAUUACUCCUAGAUGAGUGGACCAAGACUUCCCAAUCAUCAUGAAGUGUUCAGAGCAAGCAAUUUUAGUAAUCAACACAGACAAAAUUGCUCUUAUUUCAAGAAAGAGACUUAUUUGUGAAGGAAGUCAUUAUAAAAUUGUCGAAAAUGGGAGACUCAUUGAUGAAAUCAGAUGAC